CUUGUUUUGCCCCCAGCACCCGAUCCGGCCGCUGCCCCCGGUUCCGAACCCCGAGUGGCUCCCCAGACUGAAUGUGAGGUCUAGGGAGGUCCCCAGAGCGCCCCUCACAGUCUCUGUCUCCGCGCCCCUUCUCACCCUCCUGCUCCUCCUCCUCCCCCCGCUGCCACUGCUUAAUUUCUUGACUUUCGGACCAGCGGCGCGAGGCGGCGCGGCGCGGAGAGCUCCAGCCGAGGGGGCGGGGGAGAGUGGGGUUGCUUAGGAGGUCUUGGUUACUUUCCCCCCCUUGCUAGAUCCCUUUCUGAGGUCGAGUUGCCCAAGAUGCCUCAGGGGCCCGGCUCUCUGCUCCUGCUCUUCUUCGCCUCCCACUGCUGGCUGGGCUCCGCUCGAGGGCUCUUCCUUUUUGGGCAGCCCGAUUUCUCCUACAAGAGGAGCAAUUGCAAACCCAUCCCGGCUAACCUGCAGCUGUGCCACGGCAUCGAGUACCAGAACAUGCGGCUGCCCAACCUCCUGGGCCACGAGACCAUGAAGGAGGUGCUGGAACAGGCAGGCGCCUGGAUUCCGUUAGUUAUGAAACAGUGCCACCCGGACACCAAGAAGUUCCUUUGCUCUCUCUUCGCCCCGGUCUGCCUAGACGACCUGGACGAGACCAUUCAACCCUGCCAUUCGCUGUGCGUGCAGGUGAAAGACCGCUGUGCCCCGGUCAUGUCCGCCUUCGGCUUUCCCUGGCCGGACAUGCUGGAAUGUGAUCGCUUCCCUCUGGACAACGACCUCUGCAUCCCUCUGGCCAGCAGUGACCACCUCUUGCCGGCCACAGAGGAAGCUCCAAAGGUGUGUGAAGCCUGCAAAAACAGAAACGAUGAUGACAAUGACAUUAUGGAAACCCUGUGCAAAAAUGACUUUGCCCUGAAGAUAAAAGUGAAGGAGAUAACUUACAUCAAUCGGGACACCAAGAUCAUCCUGGAGACAAAGAGCAAAACCAUUUACAAGCUGAAUGGAGUGUCCGAACGAGAUCUGAAGAAAUCUGUGUUGUGGCUCAAAGACAGCCUGCAGUGUACCUGCGAGGAGAUGAAUGACAUCAAUGCCCCCUACCUGGUCAUGGGACAGAAGCAAGGGGGGGAGCUGGUGAUCACCUCUGUGAAGAGGUGGCAAAAGGGGCAACGAGAGUUUAAGCGAAUCUCCCGAAGCAUCCGAAAGCUACAGUGCUAAUCACUUCCUGUCUGCCGGGGUUCCCAGCCUAGCUCACUCUGGUGCUUCUGCUCCCCCAGCCAGGCUGAGCAUGGCUACCCAGGACUCCUUCCUCUCAAUUAAUGGGCACCAUCCCUCCCAGCCUCCAUUCCCAGCCCUACAUUUCCCACUGCCUUUUGCACCUUCUCACCCCAGAAUUUCCUGAGUUUUGAAAUUCCCAGGAAGCCUGGUGUAUACAGAGCUAUUUUCACAUAACAGAAAAAGAUAGAAAAACCACCCAAAUCUCAUGUGUAUAUAUAUUAAAAUUGUAAUAAAAAUCAUGAAUAUUUUUAUGAAAUAUUAAAAUAGCUUGCUUUAGGCUAGUUUGGGAUAAGGAAAAAUAGGGACCAGGAAAAUAGGGACCAGGCAUGGUGGUGUCUACCUUGAAAUCUCUGCUACCAGGGACGCUGGGGCUGAUGGAUCACUUGAGCUCAAGAGCUCUGAGAUGCAGUAGGACUAAAGCCUUUGCCAGUGUCCAACCUAGGUCCCAGAGGGAGCCACAAAGCUGCCUGAGGAGUGGUGAACCAGUCCAGGCUGGAAAUAUAGCAGCUCAAAGCUUUUGUGUCCAUCGGGAAAGGGAUCAGGUUGGCGUGUGUCUGCUGCACUUUCAACCUGGGUAAGAUAGGGAAACCCAGUCUCCAUUAAAAAACAAUGUGACUUGGGCCUUAUUUGGGACAUCUAGCUUUUCUCUGUCACUUACAAUGCAGUAAUGUACCUAAUGCUUCACAGUUCUAUGUAACCAGUCUCUAUUGUGUAUGACAAAAUAGGUUGAGAUAGAGCUGGCUAUUAUCUCAACAACCUUACUCUCCUUUGCUCUGGCCUGGCACGUGGGGGCCUGAGCUUUUCAACAUUCAUCGGUUAUUAUUCCAUCAUUGUUGGGAAAUUAUGGCUGUUGUAUGUGGCAUUCCAUUUCCACUUCAGGUAAUGGAUAACAAGCACAUUAACCUGUGUUCUUCGCAUGUUUCCUUUCCAUAAAAACAGAUUAACAGUAUUAUAACUGAUCUGAAUACAUUAAGCUUUUCAAAAAAUAAUUUUACUUAAUUUUACAAUUAAACCAUUUGUAGUCUGCCUGUAAUAUACGUAGUGACUUUCCUAAAAGAGUUGUAAAAUAUUGCUUUAACCAACACUGUAAAUAUUCAGAUAAACAUAUUCUUGUAUAUAAACUUUAUACCAUGUUUUA